CAUCACCGGUGUCUCUGCGGCUGAGGCUGGAGGUUUCCAGAAUCUGGAUUGAAGCGAAUCAAUCAGAACCAAAACCCUAAAAGCCGCGAUGCCGAAGAAGAUGGGAGUGAACACGAAGGCGGAGGUGGCCAGGGCUCGGAAGAGUGCCGUCGAAUCGGAGCGAAAGGAACGAGAGACUCGUGCGAAGGAGGAGGAAUACUGGCGCGACGCGGAGGGUCCAAAGUCGCGGGCGGCGAAGAAGAAGGAGGAAGAGGCGGAUAAGAGAGCGGAGGCAGCUGCACGGAAAGCGGAGGCGCGUCGGCUAGCGGAGCAAGAAGAGAAGGAGCUGGAGAAGUCGAUGAAGAAACCGGAUAAGAAGGCGAACCGCGUGUCCAUCCCGGUGCCUAAGGUGACGGAGGCGGAUCUGAGAAAGCGGCGGGAGGAGGAGCAGGCGGAGCUUGCGAAGAAGGCAGAAGAUGCGAAGAAGCGGCAGAGCCGGACUGCGGCGGAGGAAGAGUACGAGCGGCUGGUGCUGGUUUCCAACACGAAUCGCGACGAUUCCGUGAUCGAAGCUCGAUCUGUGGACGAUGCACUCGCUCAGAUGAGCAUCGCUGACACCUCCUUGCCACCUGAUAGGCAUCCGGAGAGGCGCCUCAAGGCCUCCUUCAAGGCCUUUGAGGAAGCUGAGCUCCCCAAAUUGAAGGAAGAGAAACCUGGCCUCACUCACACUCAAUACAAAGACCUCAUCUGGAAGCUCUGGAAGAAAUCUCCUGACAAUCCUCUUAAUCAAAUUGCAGAAUGAGUGAGUUAUCAAUGGAAAGCAGAUUAAGCAUUCUUACAGAACAUUGCAUUCACUCCAAGUUCGUAUUUAGCUCAUAAAACUCAACAUCCUCAGAUAUUGUUGUAGAAGAGAGUGUGAAGAGUGAGAGUUGUUCCGUAAACCAGCUAAGUAGUGUCUUUUCAUGUGUCCUUACUCUGCUAUAUGUACAUUAAUUGGAUCAUAAGAAUUAUCUACUUCGUGUGUCUUGUUUGGGCAUUAAUAAUAGCAAAUAUCCUGUUUGAGAGCCAUCAAUGAAUGGGAAACAUUAUGUGUGAAUAAUAGGGUGACGCCAAUUCUUCUGUGCAUUCUAGUAGUUAAGGUUUUGUAACAAUUUGGAUCUUCUCAGGUCCAAAAUAAAUAUGAUAAGGUCACUCAUCUGUACCAUGCAUUAUGGAGUCACUAAAAAUGGCGGCAAUAGUUGAAA